AUGUCCCAGGAAUUCGGUUCCUCGAGGCUCCCCCAUUUAAACCGGCCAUUCAAAUCUGAUGAUGAUGCCCACUCCGAGGGCUCAGUCGCCAUCACAUUCGACGACAUGUCAUUCACAAAUGAGAACCCUCUUUCCGCGCAUCCUCGUCGCCAGAACACAGGCAUUUGUAUCGCAGAUGCUACGUCCGUCUUGCGUCCCUCGUAUACAGAGGAUCUCGAGUCUGUAGCCAUCACUUCUGAUGACAUGUCCAUCGUGAAUGAAAAUCCGCUUACAUCCCGCGCUCGUCGACAGAACAAAUCCGUCCCUAUAGCACAAGCUGCUACGAUCCUACGUCCUUCUCGAGCUGAAGAGCUGGAUGAGUCGGUGGCUGUUACAUCUGACGAGGAAAUGCCGAUGACGGGACACCCACAUUCGCUGUCCAAUCGGCUUCGAAGACAUGAUGAGCAUCACCCUGUUGCUCCAGCUGUGGAUCUACUGCCUGAUCCUCCGAGAGGGCGAAGGCUGUUACGUGGACGUGCUCGGCGGGUGCCGCCACAAGCUCCAGUACCAGGCCCUGCCUCACUUCCAGGCCCUUCCUCGAUUCCAGAUCCAGUCUUGCGUCCAGGUCCGGCUGCUAUUGAAGAGUCUCCCAUCGACUAUGGAUAUGGUUAUGGUGGGCACGAGCCAGGCAACUUCUUCCUGACGGAAGAUGUAGAUGAAUCAGAGCCGGGUGCUGGACCAUCGACGCCUAGGCGCCAACGGUUCAUGUAUUUCAACACGUUUGCCAAGCAGGGGGACAUGGAUAUCGUGACUCGGCAGAAUGCGAUGUUGACGAGAUGGGAGCAGACCCUAGAGCUGUUUCCCGGCGUGGCUCCCGAUAGAAAUUCUGGUUCUGAUGACCAUGGUGAAGAUCAGUCGAACGAGCCGACAGAUGAGGGUGCAAACGAGGAUUGA